AACUCUGAUGGCGUGCAAUGGCUCUGGUUGCCAAUCCGGUUGCCAAUCCGGUUGCUACAAAGACGAAGAAGCAACAUCUAAACAGCUAACAGAUUCUGUUGAAACCGAAUCAACGAGCCCUAGUAUUCUCUGCAUCAAGUGCAAGCAAAACGACGCCGUUUCCGGCUAUGGCGGAAUCGACGAUGGGCGGUUCUGUGCCGAUUGCUUCAAGAGCAACUUGUUCGGGAAGUUUCGGUUCUCCGUCACAUCAAACGCCAUGAUUUCUCCCACCGAUAAUGUCCUCGUUGCCUUCUCAGGCGGUCCUUCUUCCAGGGUAGCUUUGCAAUUUGUGCAUGACAUGCAGGAGAGGGCUCAGAAGAACUUUGAUGCUAGUAGAGAUAGGUCAUUGCCUGUGUUUGUGGUUGGAGUUGUGUUUAUUGAUGAGAGUGCUGUUUUGCCGAUUCCUUCUAAUGAAAUGGAGGAGGCAAUUGAAUUUAUUAGUUCGGUUGUGUCAAGUAUAGCCCCACCAGCAAAAGAGUUGCAUAUUGUUCCUAUUGAGUCUGUUUACAACUCAGAUUCUAGUGAUGGAAAGGAGAGGCUAAUCAAGCUAGUGAAUGCGGUGAGUGAUCCAACUGGAAAGGAGGAUAUGUUACUUUCUCUGCGCAUGUUGGCCCUGCAAAAGGUUGCUUCUGAAUUUGGAUAUAACAGACUUGUACUAGGAUCAUGCAUUUCAAGGAUUGCUUCCCAUGUCAUUUCAGCCACCGUGAAGGGUCAAGGAUAUUCAUUACCUGCAGAUAUACAGUAUGUGGAUGCUAGAUGGGAAAUUCCUGUUGUGCUUCCUCUGCGUGAUUGUUUUGCCCAAGAGAUCAACAUGCUUUGCCACCUUGACGGUCUCAAGACUAUAAAGUUGUCUACAGGUCCGUGCUCUAGCAUUAAUAGCAUCACCUCAUCUUUUGUGGCAUUAUUGCAGGAAGAAAACCCAUCUCGAGAGAGCACAAUUGUAAGAACAGCCACGAAACUUAUUCCCUUCCAAUUCAACAGGAUUCCAGAGAUCGUUGAUGGUAAUGUUCCCUUGGCAACUCGAAGACGCCAGAAGAGAUAUAAUCUCAAAUCCAACGAAUCUGUUUCCUCAGAAUCUUUCUGUCCUCUCUGCAAUAGCCCACUCCACAAGUGUGAGAUUGUUGACCGGAGCAAUCUUGAUAAUUUUAGAAGUAGUGACAUUUUUUAUACUACCUGCUGUUCAAGUUGUCAGUUUCAGAUACUUCCAAGAGAUUCCACGUCAAUUGAGCAGUUUUAUAUGGAUUUACCUCAAUCGGUGAUUGCCCGAGCAAAGCAAGCUAACAAUGGUAAUUUGAGUCUGCUAAGGGAACAAAUACAAGAUUGUUUGCUUUCAGAUGGUGAAGAUGAAACAUAGAUUUUCUUGCCUACACUGAGGCUUUCAGUUCAAUGGAUAAAUACUGGUUGUAGUAAUUUAAUUUACUGUUUGAGUGACUUGUGAGGUUACUUUUAACCACUGAGAUUCACUGGGCUCCUUAAGAUCAUGGUUGUUGAUUCUCUGUUAUAUCAUUUGAGAACAUAUUUAAGUAUUAAUAAAGUGAUAGAUGAGAUAACUGAUUUUUUAAUCUGUCAGUUUGAAGAGGGUGAUAAAGUUGACUGC